ACGGUAACUAAGAUACUGCGAUAAUUUCAAAUUGCACAUCCCAUUCAACAGAUGUUACGAAGUAACAAUCGCAGAGUUCUAAAUUAAAAUACGCAAAGUCACGUGUGCAAAAAAGUAAACAAAUCUGAGGGUAAAUCUGUCAUUGUGUAAUGUUCAAAUAAGAGAAACUAUAUUCUGAUUAGAGCGUUUAAGAAAAGAUUUAGCCGCACUUUUCAAAAACUAACAUUGGCGGCUGAACUCUACAAAUAAAGGUUGUCGAUGAUGGUUAAUAUACUGAUAUAAUUGUACGUCGUAGAAAAUGUUACGCCGUUGCUGAGGACGUUUUAAUUCAGUAAUUGCAGGAUUUCGAGUUGUGCUGCUGCUUGAUUUUAAGACCUUGAAAUGGCCGACAAUGUGACUAUUGUCCGAAGAUAUUUAAUGCAAAAAAGGAAAAGAAAUCAGCAAAUACCACAGACUUCGUCCAUCUUGUGUUUUCUGAAAAAUCUUCAUUGGAUUUAUUGUGGAACCAGACCGGCAUACAUACCAGAACUGGUCACAGACGUGGAACCCCUCAAAGAAUUACUUCAAAAAAUUCGAACGAACCCUAAUUCUGCCACAACGUAUAACAUAUCAUGUAUUUGCAUACUAUCACUGGAAGGUCACAAUUUAAUAGUGAAUGUCAAGACCUGUGCAUCACACUUAGAAUCCAUUUUCACGCAUCUAAAUAUACACUCCAAAGCUAAAUCAAAAGGUUUUCCCCUUUUUAUAGACAUUAGUAAAACAAAUUUGGAACCCACUAUUGCAAACAAUGAAGACCUUAUGCUUAUUGCACAGUCAUGCCAAACCAUUUACUGCAAGUUAUAUGAAUUACCAAACACUUCAAAUGCCAAAUCAUGCAUAGUCGCAUUGCACCCUCAAGCAAAUCUAUGUACUCUAUUUGGAUGUAUAUUGGGCUAUCCCACAAUAUACUUUUUCAAGGCAAACAUAAAUGAGAGCAAUUGCCUUGAAAUGGUUCCUCUCACCAUUUUCAAAGUUAUUGAUCAUGAGAGUAAUGAGGAAUAUGUUUCAUUUUCUUAUCCAAGUUGCCUUCAAAAUAGUGUGGAAUCAAGUGUUAAGCAUUGGUGUGACAAUAUGACAUCCAAUGACUCGUUAAUUUUGUUGAAAAGAGAUGUUGUACAGUUGCCAUUCGUAGUUUUAUGAAGCUGACUUAUGCAAAUGACACUCAUCAUAUUUCA